AUGCGUUCAGUGACAAAUAUAUUCAUCUGCAAUCUCAGCGUCGCGGAUCUCUUGGCCACAAUAUUCGUUGAGCCGCUGACCUUAUUGCAAAACAUAUUCAUAGGUAUUUGUUUUAUAUUUUAAAAUGAUUUUAUCAUAAUUAGAUUAAAUAAGCACCUUUGAUACAUUUAAAGAAGUAAACAAUUUAUUCUUUGAUACUUUCCUUGGUGAAAUUUUUGGAAUCGUUUGUCAAACAGGCAUUUGUGGAAACCUUUUUGAGCACACUAGUUUUAUACUAAUAUUAUGUUUAUUAUUAUUCGCUUCAUCUGCUCUUGCACCUAAAAGACUAUUUGCUGAAUAGAAAAGGGUCCUUAUACAUAAUUACUUAUGUCGGUCGCAUAGCAUGCCAUAUUUUACCUAUGUUUUACCGAUAAUCUUUGCUAGAAAACAGAGCUAUGAUAUGUUACGUUGAUCAUUAGGUCCCCGAAAGGACCGCGUGCGCUACAUAGCAGAUACUUUGGUCUUCCAAUUUCAGCGUUUUUGGGUCUUUAGAAAGGAAUCACCAAAUUUGGGAUUUCAGGUCUCAGAUUGAAAUUUGCUACUGAAUUUCUGGGCCACUGUCAACCAAACGCAACCCAAUAACCAUGUAAUAUUCACUGAUUAUUAAUAGACGACUGGUAAUAUAAACAGGCACAUUUCGUUUGAUAUGACAUACUUAAGAGAACAGGCAUUAGCUAGUAGCCAAGCAGUAAUUCACUGAUUUUCUCCCAAAAGUUUUGCGACUAUGAUUUAUUAACGUGCUGAAACUUCGUUGUUGAUUUUAUUUGUUGGUAAUUGAGAACACUGAAUUAUUUAAAUUACAAUAGUGUUAUGUAAGGCUUGCAGUUUUACGUAAGUACGCGCAUUUUUAUGUAAAGUUAUUCUUAAAGCUAUUCAACAAAUAAGCACCUAGCAUCGUGUUUAUCUUUAAAAUACUUAGUUGCAAAAAUUGGAUAGGCAGCCAACUUUUUGUUUUCAAACACUGAUACCACUUUAAGUGCGCAUAUUUAAGCGUAAUCUAACAAAUAUUCGUUUGAGGUGGUAUGUGCGUUGAAUCUUGCUCAAAAUAAUAAGACAAUGAUCUACUGUUUUCAGAGAACUUUUGGAUAGAUCGAUUGGCUUCUAGCUGAGAAAUCGACCACAUAUCAGGACUUAUCACAUAAUAAAGAUUACACUAAACGCCAUUCUUGUUAUCGUCAAUUUUAAGGGCAAUUUUAUUGCCCCAUGAGUUCGCUGUUUGUUAAAAACUCACAUAAAAAAGCACACUCAAAGUAUGCCUUAAUUCAAUUUUAGUAGUUUUAAAUAUCCGGCAGUUACGCCCAUAUAUGGGAAAUCACAAAAAUAAACGCGGACUAUAACAUAACCUGUUUAUUGCUGUUCUUCAAAAUAACCUGUUUAAUAUGCUGUUGACUUAUAUAAUCAAAAACGCUGUUAUUGACAAAAGAAGUAACAUAAUACAUCUAACAGACGUAAUAAAAACUGCCAAGCUGAGAUUGGAAACUAAAAAAUGACCCAUCCCAUGCUAAAGCGCCCAAAUUUCCGCUGAAUAAUUUGUAUUCAAAUGGAAUGCAAGCGUGGCUAGUAACCUUCAGAAGUUGGUAUAUGUAGUUAGGUCGAACAGAUGUGUAUGAUUGCCCUUUUUUAAUAACAGACCCAACUGGAUUUAAUAGCGUUUGUUUAUGGGAGAUGAUAAAGAAGUCACUUGGCGCAUGAUUGUGAAAGCUGGUUGGAGCAAACCGCAUACCAACUGCACGUCAACUGCAUGCUUUAGCACCUGGCCAGUCGAGCCGUUAAGAACUCGGGAGGUGCCAAUUGCGAUAGGCACGUAAGGGCCUAGCGACUACAAUCUAUAAGUACUGCAACAUCUGGGCAAUUUACCACCAUCCGAUGAUGGAUUUGAGUUAGAAACCGAAACGUCAGGCUAAUUAAGCGAUCGUGACUGCGUCUUCACAACAGCAGUUGCACAAGCCGAAGGUGUGUAGUCAUGAAUAAUAAAAGCACAAUUAUCUAGUAUCUAAGUAACAUUGUCAUACCUCCUUUGUUGUAUCAAGCAAUCUGCCGGCCCAAUCAUUUGACAGCUGCCAAUUGCUUUCUACUUUCCAGCCCUGUUUGGUGUACGCGAGGAAUAGACACAACUAAUGCCUGAAUUUAUUUGUGUUUACGCCAAGUUUGUGAAUGAAUCAGUGUGGAAAUAUGCAUCGGUGGUUCCUUACUCAGAGAAUACUAUAGUCUACAAAAUCGUAGGAGAUAGUUUAAGAGUAAAUCAAAGCAUCUUGUUAGUAGAGACACGGUCAGUGAACAAUAUUUUGAAAUGCUAAUGGAAUUAGUAAACAGUGUUUCUGAGUGAGUGGGAUUGCUGAAACGUGGUUAGUGUACUAAAAAACAUGAUGCAUAAUUUUCCGAGAAUGUUUUAGAUUUUCAAAAAUUGACAGCAAUAUAUGAACCCACUUGACUUUCCAAACAUUAUACUGGUAAAUGUAAAGAGAAAUCCCGGUCGUUUAUGCGCAUCGCGUUUUACGUAAAUGCGUUUUGAACCUUUCAUUUUGCAUGCUUUGCAGUUUUCCAAAAAGCAUUGUUUUUGUAUAUAUUUUUUGCUAACUUCAAAAUAAAAAACGCAAACAUCAUGUCCAAAUAAAGCAUCUACUCUAGUAAACUUUCCUUACAAUAAUUCUGCCGUCAGAUUUCCACAGAAAUCCAGAUUUUAUUUGCCUUGUGCUUUGGUUUAGAAUGGCGAUGGGGUGAUACGACCUGCUGGUGCGUCCCCUAUCUACAGGGAAUCAGCGUUUGUGCAUCUUCGCUCACACUGCUUGUCAUUGCACUCGACAGGUCUGUUUUAAUAUAUGAUCCUUUAUGUAAUCAUUUCGUUUCUUAGACAAACUGGGCUAAUUUGUAUUCAGCACUUUAAUUUCCCAGCUGGUGAAAUAUAUAUCGUCUUUAAUGUAAUCAUUUGGUUUCUAAGACCGUCUGGACUAAUUUUUAUUCGGCACUUUAAUUUUCUAGCUUAUGAUAUAACAUUUUAAUUCUAUUUCUAUGGGCAGGGAUCUGCAAUGACGAGGACUGUUAACUAAAACUAUAUGAUGUGUUUCAUACUAAAAAGAAUCGCAUAAGUACCGCCGUAAUAUUAACUGCUGUUCAGCAAGAUCCUAUGAUAUUUCAGGCAAAGAAUAUAUCAAAUUUUUGCUGAAGUUUUAGACCUGUUCUUUAAUUGCACAAGUCAUUUUAAAUAUAUUUUACACAAAUACAUUAAAAUAGCCAUUCUGUAUUUCAUCUAUUGGCAAAUAAAGUUUUCAUUAAAUUGUAGAUUUUCAUAGUAUUACCUUUACGUUCUAAAACUUUAAAGUAACGCUCAUGAUUUAAAACGGCAGUGUCCUCUUAAAAAUGUCGCAUAUCUGAAUUUGUCAGAGUUGUUUCCAAUGCACACAAUAAAUCUUAUGUCAGUUGAAACCAUUUUGGCCCGUUAAUUAUAUUUUUCCUGUAACGUAUAAAUACGCAUGGAGUUUGUGCACGAAACAUAUGCACAUUUCGGUCUAGAGAAAUUGAAUGCAACUAUAAUGAUACAUUGAGUUUUUAAAUUAUUUGGGAUUUGUAGAAGCUUUAAAAUUAAAUUACACCUUAAUUGUUAAUAAAUAUCCAAAACGAAUAAUUCCGUAGGCUGUAGUAAUAAAACAUAUAUCUUCAUGUUUUCCGUAAGAUAUAUUUGAACUUAUACGGACACCAAAGUCCAAUGAAGCACAUUAUGCGACUUCAGUAGUUGGAGUUUAAUUUAAGUCUUCAGCUGGGAAGAAGCUUGUUCAAAUUGAGGCAUCCUAGAGUGUCUUAAAAAGUAUCUGGCGCUUAUGCUAUAAGGACAUUUAUACUACGACCUUUCUUUAGACUCAAAUGCACCUUUUAAAUUUCGGCUAACGUUUCUUGAGAUAGCACGUUAUAUGGACAUGCAAAUUUUCCGCGCACGCAAACACUGUACAAGGGUUUUUUAUUACAGAAGUAACCGAUCGUUUCUUUACAUUUUCCCCUAGAUACUUCGUCUUUUUUUGUUUUCGAUCACUAUGGCACCUAAACAGACCGCGUUGUGCCAGGUUCAAAUGCAUAAAAGCCAACAGUAAUGUGAGUGAAACGCUAGGAAGUACUUUACGUGAUUCCCCUCAAAAAAAGGAAUCCUCACAUAUAUUAGUAGAUUCACCCCUGAUUGUAAACAAAAUACCGUUUAACAUCUGUUCUAACGUCUGUGCACGCAUUAAAGAGUCCCGCUACCUCAACUUCUUGUCGAAAAAUGUGCAAUAAGUGUUUAAAUUGCAGACUUAUCAAGCACCUCUUUAAAUAAUUUUUUUUCUCAUAAAGCGCCAAGGAAGCUAACUGAUUGGUACUUAAUGUCGGACGAGGCAUUCCCGAAUUAGGCAAUAAUGCUUAGCCCGCAUAAGUAGAGAGCAUGCAGUCGGUGAAGUCCAGGAAGUUUCCGCUAAUAAAUUAUGACACAUAAAUAAGUAGGCUCGAAAACGAAAACCGAAAAAUGGUUUGGGAUGUAGCAGAUGUUAAAAACAAAAAGUAAGGUUUAUAGCACGGAGUUAAAGAUGCCACACACUUACGACAAGACCGACAGCAUGAAACUGUUUGUGUGUACGAAGAUCUUAAAGGAGUCACGUUGCGAAUUAGUUGGCAGAAUGCAUUUCUCGUGUCAGUGACUGAGAGCAGGCUCUAAAGUUGGUUUUCUUGAAUCAGUACGUACAAAUAUUCUCACCUUUAUCAUGUCCAAUUACUCUUCUUGCGUUUAAACGUCUAUUACGCUAUCUUCACGUGAUUAUUUCAAAAAGAAAGGACAACAAAUCUUCCAAGACGCUUUAUUCACGCAGAUGAGGAAAAUCGGCAGGUUGCAAUAUUCUUAAAAAGUACUCCAAGUUACACACUACGCGCGGAAUCACAAGCGUUCAGCCUAAAAAAACAUGAGAGUCAUUCGUCGAUGGGACAUUAUUUUAAGACGAAAGUAAAUGGCAUGUGUCCUACCAAACUGCCUUCACGUGCUGAUACCCAUUACCGUCAUUUAAAAUAAUACUCGAGCGCAUACUGCAUGAACUUAUUCAACAUGUGAAAAAAGUUUUCAGGUUUUGCGUUGUCAAACUAGACUACUGUGUAUAUAAUCGCCAUGCCUGAUUUAAGUAGUACGAUAGGACACGCUUGCGUUUCUCUGGUAUAUGCAUUGAUUAAAAUGUGAAUUUUUUUUUACCAAAAUAUACUUUUUAGGCAUGGCAUCUGCUGUUUAUGCGUGAAGAGGUAAAUAUGUAAAGAAUAUAAAAACACAACCUCUAUCCCAGAGAUCGCGUGUUCAUCUUCUUUACAAUAAGAGCCUAGAAGUUGCAUAUUCGCUUACAUCCGUGAAAAUAAAUAUGCUUUAUUUUAAGUUUGACAAACAGCAGCAAUCUACCUUAUAUCUUGGGGCAAUUAGUUGAAGAUUCUGAAGGCUGCAUAGUGGUUGCCGACAUCCUAAGCUCCCCCAGACUUUUAAGUGCAUUUCGUCAUCGCUAGAAAAUGCAUAGGAUUUUGUGCUGAGAAAAUUUCCCCAAAACAUACUAAAUGGUGUGUCUACGAUUAACUUUUUUUGACUUUGGACCACUUAUUUCAUGCAUCCAUGAGUCCUUUGUUAUGUGGCCUAAUGAAAACGUUUUUUACUUUCGAUAAGACUUCUGGGAGGUCAACCGGAGUUUUCUUUACUUUGGCCGGCCGCAUCUUGAACACUGCUGAGACCGAAAAUUGCAUGAAAUUAUUUCACUUUACUUGGGCUAACUAAUUGAAAAGACAAACUUAUACUUGCCCGACCAUGCUGGAUCUCACGCUAAUUUUCAUUGGUCAUAUAAUUUUGAAGGAGUCGUAGGCGUUUUUGCAAAGAUUUUGUUAUUACGAAUUCUUAUUAAUUUAGUUGUUCGUGUGAAUAGGCGCACUGUAGACAUGUGAUUGACCUUCAACUCCUUCUAAUAGAUGAUCAUUAUUUAAGGAGUACCCUCUGCUGUGUUUAUACAGAUACCUGGCUAUUUGUUUUCCAAUGCGGAAGCUCAUUCGACGAACAUUGGCCAAGAAGCUGAUCGUUGUCAUAUGGAUUAUCUCGGCCAUCCUCUUUAUCCCCUGGGCAGUACACUACAAAGUAACCGUCAGUGAGGGCGUUAAUGUCUGCCACGAGCUAUGGCCCUCGGAGACCGCUGAACGCUUCUUUUUCCUCGGCAUUGUAACCAUCUUGGUCUACACCGCGCCCCUGCUCAUAAUGGCCUUCUGCUACAUAAGCAUUAUUCUGAAAAUAUGGGGACGAUUCCAGGAGGAGGGUCCCCGUGAUGAGAAAAGCAUUACGAAAGAUUUCACUAACGAGGAGGAUUAUCGAAUCAACCCGGACUCAAUGAGCGCUGAAAAGAGCUCCACUGUAAACGGCCAUGACAGUUUGUCCAGUGAGAAAACCUAUGCAACGAGGUACUAUCCCGGCGUCAGAUGGCAGCAGAAUGAACCGACGUAA